AGACAGAUUAGAUCUGCCGUUACAGCUCGGGCUAAUUAUCUGUAUGCACCUAUACAGAUAUUAAUAUCGAAUCGGUUCAUCUCUCGUAACUCAUCUUAAUGGGAGCAUGUAGUUAUUAAAUAAGAGGAGUCUGAGGAUUGAACCUUGGGGUACCCCUCAUGUGAUGAGAAAUCCCAGUGAGCGACAUUUAGACCAGAUUAAGCUCUCUGGCUGCAGCUAGUGCUACAGUUUUUCACUGAGCAGGCUGCUCUGUUUGUCCUUAAUUUUGGAUGCGGCCCUCCGUCUCGGUCCUGAGUCACUGCCAGCCGCUCACACACGAUUCACAGCCACACACUCCCACCAACAGAAUCUCACACAUGCCUGCCCCAGUUACCUACAGGGAGGAGUAGGCGCCUCUUCAGAGGAACAGGGACACAAUAAAGGUAGAGAAAGCAGGGAAGGCGUGAACUAUCCUGAUCUGAUACAGAACCUAUUGCAUUCCCAUUAGAAACCAAAUGUUGCAUACCUCUCACCUGUCCUUGUCAAUCCCACCUGCGCUCGUUACGUCAGCUCAGGGGAAACGUGUCUGCAUCAGUUUGUGUGCUGUUGCCACCUGCAGCUGCAGAGAACAGAUCUGAGGAAGGAGGAGAAGUGUGUGUGUGUGUGUGUGUGUGUGUGUGUGUGUGUGUGUGUGUGUGUGUGUGUGUGUGUGUGUGUGUGUGUGUGUGUGUGUGUGCGCGCGCGCGUGCGUGCGGGCUGGUUUCUGCUUUGAGGUAUUCUGUGUCAUCUUCGUGCUCUCUCCUCUGCAGCCGUCUGCUGAAUGGUAAUCAGUGACACCAGGAGAGAGGAGGUGGAGGAGGGAGGAAAGAAGGGUGGGGAGACAGAUAAAAAGAAAGACAGCAGAGAGACGGGGGAGAGAAUGAGGAAAGCAAGAUGUGAGGAGAGAGGUGGAAUGCCAAGCUGACAAUCCUGCGGCAUUAUCUGGCCGGCUGUAGAGCGAGUGUGAAGGAUAGAGAAGUCUGAGGGAGACCCGCCGUCUAGCAUUUCCAGCUGGCAUUGAUCGACUCUAAUCUCUGCACUUUGUCCAAAGCUGAAAUUCAGUUCCACAUCGCCCAUUUGUAUGAAAUCCAGAAGAAACACAGAGCGGCGAAAGACGCUUAUGAGAGUCUGCUGCAGAUGGAAAACCUUCCUGCUCAGGUGAAGGCCACCACACUGCAGCAACUGGGCUGGAUGCAUCACACCGUGGAGCAGCUGAGGGAGAAAGACUCCAAGGGCUGCUACGCCAUCCAGUGUCUGCAGAAGUCUUUAGAAGCAGACCCCAACUCCGGCCAGUCCUGGUACCUUCUCGGCAGGUGCUACUCCAGUAUCGGGAAGGUGCAGGAUGCCUUCAUCUCCUACCGCCAGUCCAUUGAUAAGUCGGAGGCCAGCGCUGACACUUGGUGCUCCAUAGGUGUGCUGUACCAGCAGCAGAAUCAGCCCAUGGACGCCCUGCAGGCCUACAUCUGCGCCGUCCAGCUGGACCACAGCCACGCCGCCGCCUGGAUGGACCUGGGCACGCUGUACGAGUCCUGUGGCCAGCUGCAAGACGCCAUGAAGUGCUACAUCAACGCCACGCGCAGCAAAGCGUGCCUCAACACCGCCGCCCUCGCGCAACGCAUCAAACUGCUGCAGGCUCAGUUGUGUAACCUUCACCCAAGUAGUCUGCAGAAUAAGAGUAAAAUGCUUCCUUGUAUUGAGGAGGCGUGGAGCCUUCCCAUUCCUGCCGAGCUCACGUCCAGGCAGGGGGCCUUGAACACAGCACAGGCGCAGCAGGCUUGUAAAGGGGAGGGAGGCCCGUCCGCCAGCAGCCACACCGACCCGCUGGCCAGUCCUGCUAAAAAGAAACGCACCGCCAGCCAGGUCAAGGGUGCUGCCGACUUGUUGGCAAACGGAUCGAAUCCGCAGCAGAUCCCCAGCUGGUAUUUGACGCCACAGAAGAUCCAGCUGUUGGAUCAUUUACGGAGCAACCGGGCCAGCCUCACGCCCCCCCGGCAGCACAUGCUGGAGCAGCUGGAGAACCAAUUCUCCCUCAUGCAGCAGCAUCAGCAGCAGAUGAGGCAGCAGGCUGCAGCAGCAGGUGGCCAGCCACGGUCCAGCCUCCCCAACGGCCCGUCAGCGGACCCCCCUUACAACCCGGGACUCUCCCACUCCUCGCCCAUCAAUCACGCAGCCGGUCGACCCCCUCAGGUCCCCCAGCCCACGGCCAACGGCUCCUGUUCGAGUCCUUCGGCGGGUCUGCCGGGACACUUGGACCUUAAAAACGUCAGGGCGGGGCUGGGCAGCGGUGGUGGCGCGAGCAACGGAAACGUGCCUUACCCGCAGCAGAACUCUCUACCUCACACCUGCACCGCCACCAGUCAGCCCAGCACCACCAGCAGCAGCACUAACACCAGUCCCAGUAACGCAGACGAGACCUGGAGGAGCCAACCACGCAACACUACCACUCAGGGGCUUCAAAAAGGUCCAGGUUCCCAUCCGGCUGGUCCGGAUGGAGAACCCCCUUUCUCUUCCUCUUCCUCCCCGUCUCAGACGUCCUUCUCCUCCUCCAGCGUUCUCAAUCAGGUUGGACUCUGCUCCGGGCCCUGCACUGCCUCCUCCUCAGCCUCCUCCCUGUCCCCCACUUCCCCACAGACCACGCCCAACCACUUGUCUUCGCCUCCCCACUCCGCUACUACCUCAGGGGUCCACACCAAAGACGCGGCGGUGGUGGCGCCUUCCGGGGAGAAAACCGGCAGCACCGUCCCCGCCGCCGUUCCGCCGCCAGGUCUCGAGAUGGCCGGCGGGCAUCAUGGAGGAGCGCCGUGCAGCCCUGGCUCCGCCUCCCGGCAAGGAUUGACUAAUCACGUCCAGCCGCGGGCGCAGGAGCGCUCCGCCAGCCCGCCGCAGCCCGCCUCGCCGGCUGCUUGUGCAACGCUCACUUCAGACAAUCCUCAACUCUCAGCCUUUGUAAAGGGAAAAGCCAACGCUACCAGUAACCACGACGACAGUAAUCACGGAGGGUCUUCCUCAGAGAAAAUAAACCACGUCCUCCCAGCUCUCCACGCCAAGCAGGAGCACUCGGCGGCUUCCUCCCCGCUGUCGGUCGCCCCGACGCCCUCGCCGUGCUCGGCGGACCCCCACACCGCCAGCGGCCCCUCCUGCCUAAACAGCCCGUCCAACUCCAACAGCCAGGGGCCCACGCUCAACGGGAAGGGCCCGGAGGAUUCCCGGAGCCCACAGAGAAAGACCCCGCCUGCUGGGCUGGUGCCAUGGUCGUCGGUCUCCAUCUACCCCAGCUCCAGUGAUGUGCUGAAAGCCUGCAGGAACCUGGGGAAGAACGGCCUGUCGACCAGCAGCAUCCUCCUGGACCGCUGCCCCCCGCCGCGCCCUCCCGGUCCACCCUCACCCCAACUGCCAAAGGACAAGCUCAAUCCCCCGACGCCCAGUAUUUACCUGGAGAACAAGAGGGAUGCUUUCUUCCCCCCCCUCCACCAGUUCUGCACCAGCCCUGCCAACCCAGUAACCGUCAUCAGGGGCCUGGCUGGGGCCCUCAAACUGGACCUGGGCCUGUUCUCCACAAAGACGCUGGUGGAGGCCAACCCCGAGCACCUGGUGGAGGUGCGGACCCAGCUGGCUCAGCCCACCGACGAGAACUGGGACCCGAGCGGGAGCAGGAAGAUGUGGCGCUGCGAGAGCAGCCGCUCCCACACCACCAUCUUGAAGUACGCCCAGUACCAGGCCUCGUCCUUCCAGGAGUCGCUGCGGGAGGAGAAUGAGAAGAAGAAAGAGGUGGAAGCAGAGGCAGCUUCCUCAGACAGUGGGAUCCGGCGAAGGAAAGGCCUUCUAAAGCACAUAAAGUUUGGCACCAACAUCGACCUCUCUGACGACAAAAAGUGGAAGCAGCAGCUGCAGGAGCUGACCAAGCUGCCGGCCUUCGCCAGGGUGGUGUCAGCCGGGAACCUGCUGAGCCACGUGGGCCACACCAUCCUGGGCAUGAACACCGUCCAGCUGUACAUGAAGGUGCCAGGGAGCCGGACUCCAGGUCACCAAGAGAACAACAACUUCUGCUCGGUCAACAUCAACAUUGGUCCUGGCGACUGUGAAUGGUUUGCGGUGCCUGAGUCUUACUGGGGCGUCAUCAAUGACUUCUGUGAAAAGAACAACAUCAACUUCUUGAUGGGUUCCUGGUGGCCCAACCUGGAGGACCUGUACGAGAACAACGUUCCAGUGUACCGCUUCAUCCAGAGGCCCGGGGACCUGGUGUGGCUCAACACCGGCACCGUUCACUGGGUCCAGGCUAUCGGCUGGUGCAACAACAUCGCCUGGAACGUGGGACCCCUCACAGCCCAUCAGUACAAGCUGGCAGUGGAGCGCUACGAGUGGAACAAGCUGCAGAGCGUCAAGUCCAUCGUUCCCAUGAUCCACCUCUCCUGGAACAUGGCGAGGAACAUCAAAGUGUCGGACCACAAGCUCUUCGAGAUGAUCAAGUACUGCCUGCUGCGGACGCUGAAGCAAGUUCAGAUGCAGAGGGAGAUGCUGCUGGCUGCGGGGAAGGAGCUGGUGUGGCACGGCCGGACCCACAGCGAGCCGGCCCACUACUGCAGCAUCUGUGAAGUGGAGGUAUUCGACCUGCUGUUUGUGAGCAGCGAGAGCAACAGCAGGAAGACGUACGUGGUUCAGUGCCAGGACUGCGCCAGGCGGGCCAGCGCUGACCUGGACAGCUUCGUGGUUCUGGAGCAGUACAAGAUCGAGGACCUGAUGCAGGUUUAUGACCAAUUCACACUGGCCAGCCCCCUGCCUUCCUCUUCUUGAUGGAGUCAUCAUCUUCUUUUGAGAACAUUACAGAACCAUAAUGGACCUCAGUGGAAACUCUCAGAAUUGCCCCUCCCUCCCUUCUUCUCUUCCUUCUUCUCCCUUUCUUUUUUCUUUUUUUUUUUUCCUUUUUCUGAUAUUCAGGAAGAAAGGCGGCAGUUCCUCUGACUGCGUCCUGUAGCUAUCCCAUAAGGCAGCUGUGUGAAAGCUGUGUGUCUAUGCAACCUGCCCUUAGCGGUGUGCCUCCCCCCGUGUGGACUGGAGGGACGGGGGUUGGGGGACGGCAGCUCCUCCCGUCGUCAAGACCAGACUGUUCUACUGCUUGGCCCAUCUGGACUUCGCCACAACUCAUCAAAUGAAAAUAACAAUAAUAGCAUAAAGUUUUGUACAUAUUCUGUUCAAAUCAUCAACCUGGUCACCAGAGACUACUGAUCUGAUUGUUUUUUGUUUUUUUACUAUUGUUUUUUAUAUUUUUUAUUCUGUUGUGGGCUGACACCAGAGCUGUGUGUGUGUAUGCGUGCGUGCGUGCGUGUGUGUGUUAGCCUUUUACUACGUCAGACACCUCGGUCAGGAAAACCAACAUACAUGUAAUGUGAAAUGUGACACGUUCUGUUUCUGCUCUUCUACUCACCGUCGAUACGUAGACUGCUUGACUUUAACAUGGAGGAAGAGAAUCUGAUUUACAACCAGCCAAGUCACAGGAAAAAAGGGUUGCACACAAACUAGAGUGAACUUUUAUUUUUUUUUUUCUUUUUUUUUCUUUGGAUGUAAAUUUACACUAUUUAUAAAUUCAUAUUUAUUGCUUGAAAAUAUUUGUUGAUGGAAUGCUGUAAUUUUUCUCUAGAGUACCUGCCAUUAAAUCUGAAGGGAGCCCUGUGAUUUCUAAGCCUGGCCCCCCGUAUGUUUUCUAUAUAAAUAAAACAGCUUAGGAAGCGUUGUACAGAGACCUUACCUUGAAAUGGGUUUAUUGUUUGAAGGAUGUUUUAUGCGUCAAUAAACAAAGAAAAAAAAAAAAAAGACCCUCUUUAUUUACAUCUGCAGUUUUUCUCGUUUUUCUCAUGGUGGUGACUCUGGGGUGUAAAGUUGCCACACACACACACACAGUACAUCCAGUUUUACGAUGUAGUGCACUGAAGGAGAGAUGGGACCCUAAAUUGAAACAAUAGCAGUGUUUAAUUUGUCAUUUUCUGGAGGGAUGUUUUUGGCAGCCUUUUCUACAGACUCUUCACAGGGAGGAGCCUCAACAUUUGACUCCUCAGAAACCUUGAGAAG